AGUACACAGUCGGCUAACUGCUGUUAGCUAGUCAUGGCGAGUAAACAUAAGAUUAUAUUUUAAAUAUCGUGCUUUGAGUUUACACAUGAUUGAACAGUAUUCACAUUUUGUUUAUGUUGAGUCAGCUGGACCAGAUAUAAUAGCUGUAUUAAAGUGCGACGAACUUGAAAUACUGAAUGGUGUAGCCCCACAAUGAGUCUAUGAUGGGCCAGCGAAGAAGAGGUGCAUCUCUCAAUAAUCCUUCAUCUAAGAGUGGAGCUCCGGCAGAAGCUUCAAGAGUCCCCAACAUUAAGCACAACAUCUGCAUGGUGUCUGACUUCUUCUUUCCUAACAUGGGUGGAGUUGAAAGUCACAUUUACCAGCUGUCACAGUGUUUGAUUGAAAAGGGACACAAGGUGGUAAUCGUCACCCACGCCUAUGGCAGGAGGAAGGGCAUCAGGUACCUGACCAAUGGCUUGAAGGUGUACUACCUCCCCCUGCAGGUGAUGUACAACCAGACAACCAUUCCCACCUGCUUCCACAGUCUCCCAUUGAUGCGCUGUGUGUUUGUCAGGGAACGCAUCACUGUGGUGCAUUCACACAGCUCCUUCUCUGCCAUGGCCCAUGAUGCACUUUUUCAUGCUAAGACCAUGGGCCUUAACACUGUUUUCACUGACCACUCCCUCUUUGGCUUUGCUGACGUGAGCUCUGUGCUGACCAAUAAGCUUCUGACUGUGACGCUGUGUGAUACCAACCAUAUCGUGUGCGUAUCAUACACCAGUAAGGAGAACACAGUGCUCCGUGCAGCACUCGAUCCAGAGAUUGUGUCCGUUAUUCCCAAUGCUAUUGACCCAACUGACUUCACCCCUGAUCCAUCUCAGCGCCAAGACGACAAGAUCACGAUUGUUGUCAUCAGCCGCCUCGUGUAUCGCAAAGGUAUUGAUCUUCUUGGUGGAAUAAUCCCAGAGCUCUGCCUUAAACAUCCCGAUCUGCAUUUCUUAAUCGGUGGAGAAGGACCAAAGAGAAUUGUACUGGAGGAAGUGAGAGAGAAAUACCAACUACAAGACCGGGUGCGUCUCCUGGGGGCUCUGGAGCAUAAAGACGUGCGUGGAGUUCUGGUGCAGGGUCACAUCUUCCUCAACACGUCUCUGACUGAAGCAUUCUGCAUGGCUAUCGUGGAGGGAGCCAGCUGUGGACUGCAGGUGGUCAGCACUCGUGUGGGGGGAAUUCCUGAGGUGUUGCCUGAGGACUUGAUUACUUUGUGUGAUCCCACUGUGCGCUCGUUGUGUGCUGGUUUGGAAAUGGUCAUCGCUCGCCAGCGUUCAGGGUCCGUCCCUUCUCCCGCAUCUGUUCAUGUACGAGUACGAAACCUAUACACCUGGAAAAAUGUUGCAGAGAGGACUGAAAAGGUGUACGACAGGGUGGCCGGAGAGGAGGUGCUUCCUUUGGACAGACGGUUACGGAGGCUGAGGGCUCACUGUGGCCCAGUCUGCGGCUCAAUUUUUGCGUUUGUGGCCAUGUUGGACUUUCUGUUCCUGCUGCUGCUGCAGUGGUUGGUGCCUGAUCGGGUCAUAGACGUUGCUGUGGAUGCCUGCGGCCCUCGUGGACUGUGGGUUUGGGACAAAAGCAGUCAAAAUAAACACCAGUCUAAAGAUGCAGUGAAGUUGGUAGCAGAACAAGACUAAAGUACAUGGACAAGUCCAUGUAUGCCUCACUCCAAAGUUUCUCUAGUCUUUAAUAUAUACUCUUUUGGAUUGUAAAUAUAAUUAAAAUGUGGCCGUGGACUGCUGAAUACACUCCUGGAGCGGUUUUAAAAGUGUUUACAUUUAUGUGGAGGGAGCACUGACACAGAAGGAAGUAUUUACCUGGAAGGGUUGUUAUCAGUACUUUAUAACUACUCAUUUUGCAAAUGUUACACUGAACACAGAUACUGCCAAUAAGUUAAUGUGGCUGUACAGGUCACAGUUGCAGGAACAAACUUUGCUUAAGGUUGGUUUUAAGUCAUUCCCUGAUCUUGGUGAAUUGCUUCCCUAGUCCUGUAUGGGUAUGGUGACAUAGAGUACCAGAAAGAGCAGCGUAGGAGCCCAGAGUUGAAACAGUUUGUAGCCUGUUACCACAGCUUAGUACAAGGUGACCCCCCCCCCAAAAAAAAACAACCAAUACAAAUUCUAAUAAAUCCUACAAAUCUCCAGAAAAUUCCUUGAAAUUUGCUGAACUUAAACUUCAGUCUGUGUAUGAUCAUCCCCCAAAGUAUCAUUUAUCUUGGUCCCUUUGCAUAAAAGUCAUGUUCAAAAUGAUGCUCCAAAUGGUAUGAUUUGUUGGCAAAAUAGGCCUCCAGGCAAGAUGUCUUUUCCUAGGUUGACCAAGACAUGUUAAUGAAGACGAUCGACGAUUGGAACAGUCGUCAAUCGUCUUCCUUAACAUGUCUUGAUACUUUGGGGAGUGAUUGUACACAGACUGAAGUUUAAGUCCAGAAAAUAUCAAGGAAUUUGCUGGACCUUUGUAGGAUUUAUUACAAUUUUUAUGGGUUCCUGUUUUUUUUGGGGGGGGGGGGCUCACCCUGUAUCUAAAGCACCAUUACUGUGUUGCAAUAUGUAGAACUUUUAUCUCAUAGCAAAACUAUCUGAUUUUCAAAGCUCACCCAUGUGCCAGUCUCUUUGUACGUCUGAGUUGUGUCAGGAUGCAGUUCUGGUGUAAAACAUGUCAAAA